AUGAUGUUGCCCCUUUGUAAAAAACCCGAUCAUCAGUCUGCUCUGUUCAACUGCUCCGUUCAACUGCUCCGUUCAACUGCUCAUUCAACUGCUCCGUUCAACUGCUCCGUUCCACUGCUCAUUCAACUGCUCCGUUCAACUGCUCUGUUCAACUGCUCUGUUCAACUGCUCCGUUCAACUGCUCUGCUCAACUGCACUGUUCAAGUGGUCACUUGCUCGGCCACCUACAUCAUGGUUGAUCGAAGUCUGUUGCAAGUUCGCUGA